AUGGACUUCAAGCGCCUGGUCCUCCAGGCCUACCCGCAGGCUCCCGAGCGGCAGUCGUCCGAGGCCCGCUGGUGGAAGAGAUACAAGGCUGUGGCCACAGAGAAGAAGUUUGGCGCGGUCUCGCACAUCGAGUUCUCCCCGGCUGCACCGCAUGCGUUCGCGGUGACGGCUGGCUCGCGGGUCCACGUCUACUCGGCGGCGACCAAGGCCGAGACGCGGACGCUGACUCGGUUCCCGGACACGGCGUACUGCGGGACGUGGCGCGGCGACGGGAAGAUCCUGGCUGCCGGGUCUGAGGACGGUCUUGUCCAGCUGUUUGAUGCCUCGUCGCGGCUGAUUCUGCGUAAGCUUAAGGGUCACACGCGGGCGGUCCGGGCGCUCGGCUUCGGCUCAAAGUCCUCGCUCUACACGGCGUCGGACGACUUUACGGCGCGAAUUUGGGAUGUGCCGACCGAGACGUCGACGAUGACGCUGAGUGGACACACCGACGUCGUCCGUUCGGCGACGCUCAUGCCAGGCUCGGAGCAUCUGCUGCUUACGGGCUCGUACGACCACUCGAUCAUGCUGUGGGAUACCCGGACAGGGAGCUCGACGCUCUCGCUCGACGGAGGCGGGCCGCUGGAGGCCCUCCUCGUCCUGCCGUCGUCGGGCCUGGUCGUCUCGGCCGCUCUCAACUCGCUCUCGGUCUGGGACAUUCUCGCUGGCGGCAAGAAGCUGCUCUCGGUCUCGAACCACCGCAAGACCAUCACCGCGCUCGCUCUCGACUCGACCGGCGCCCGCCUGCUCUCGGCCUCGCUUGACCAGCAGGUCAAGGUCUACGACGUCACCGACUACUCGGUCACCCACACCAUCAAGUUUGAGUCGCCGCUCCUCUCGCUCGCCCUUGCGCCGGACAACUCGCUCCUGGUUGCCGGCGGCGUCAACGGCGAACUCGCCAUCCGCGAGCACAAGCAGGGCGGCGCGUCUGCCGCCGAUAUGCGCCCGGCCACCCGUGCCGGCUCGGGCGACGAUGCCGGCCCGUCAGCCAAGAAGCUCCAUCCGGGCUCGCACGCCCACGCCGAGCGCGGUCAGUCGCACAAGCCUGAGGCCGGCGACUUUGUUCUUGCCUCCUUCCGCCGCAAGAAGUUGCGCGACUUUGAGCGUUUCCUCAAGAAGUUUGAGUACAAGAACGCGCUCGACGCCGCCCUCAACACCCGCGAUCCGGUCGUCGUUGUUUCGCUCAUUGCCGAGCUCAAGCAGCGCGCCGGCCUCAACAUUGCCCUGAAGGGCCGGGACGAUACUUCGCUCGAGCCCAUCCUCGAGUUUCUCAUCCGCUACGCCGUCGUUCCGCGCUACGCGCCGCUGCUUCUCGACGUCGCCGCCACCGUCCUCGAGAUGUACGCCCCAUUCAUCGGCCAGUUUGUCUCGCUUGACGAGCAGUUUGUCCAGCUGGCCCAGCAGACUCGCCGCGAAGUCGCCUUUCUCCGCGACCUGCACUCGAUGCAGGGCAUGCUCGAGGUCUUCCUUGAGGAGGGCCAGCGCUCCGCCCCGCGCCCGUCGGCAGCCCCGGCGCCCUCGACGUCGGCUGACACCGGUUCCCGCCUUGCCCAGAUGGAGUACGAGGAGCAAUGAAUGAUUGCCAGAUGAUG